GGCUGCUUCUCGAGGUGAGUGGAUGUGGCGUCGGAGAUCCUGCUGCAGCUCCAGGCGCUGUCCGCCGCGGUCUCCCAGGUGCCCGAGGGCAGCUUGUGAUACCCACAAGCGGGUCCAAGUCUGGCCCUGCGCGCUCUGCGUCCCUUUCCUCUGUGGAGCGCGUCUCCUGCCCGGCUCCCGGCCAGCGGCGCUGGAAAAGGGGCCGGAGAGGAAACAAGAUCCAGGUUCAAUAGAUUUCUCCGCAGAUCCUAUGCAGUUAAACCUGCGAGCUCACACUCAAAACAAAACAAAACAAAAAUGAAGAAAUUAAGACUUAAGGAACUAGAAAGUCGCCUGCAACAAGUGGAUGGAUUCGAAAAGCCCAAGCUACUUCUAGAACAGUAUCCCACCAGGCCGCACAUUGCAGCAUGUAUGCUCUAUACAAUCCAUAACACAUAUGAUGACAUUGAAAAUAAAAUUGUUGCAGAUCUAGGAUGUGGUUGUGGAGUGCUUAGCAUCGGAACUGCAAUGUUAGGAGCUGGGUUGUGUGUUGGAUUUGACAUAGAUGAAGAUGCAUUGGAAAUAUUUAAUAGGAAUGUGGAAGAAUUUGAGUUAACAAAUGUUGACAUGGUUCAAUGUGAUGUGUGCUCAUUAUCUAACAGAAUGUCCAAGUCAUUUGAUACAGUAAUUAUGAAUCCUCCCUUUGGGACCAAACAUAAUAAAGGAACAGAUAUGGCUUUUCUAAAGACUGCUUUGGAAAUGGCAAGAACAGCAGUAUAUUCUUUACACAAAUCCUCAACUAGAGAACAUAUUCUAAAGAAAGCUGCAGAAUGGAAAAUCAAGAUAAAUAUUAUUGCAGAACUUCGAUAUGACCUGCCAGCAUCAUACAACUUUCAUAGAAAGAAAUCAGUGGAUAUUGAAGUGGACCUAAUUCGGUUUUCAUUUUAAGUCUGCAAAAACAAAGGCAGUUUAAAACCUAAUUAAAAUGAAUAAAAAAUAUGUUUACUAAA